UAUAUAAAGCAGGACAACGACGGAAGGACGACGGCUGGGGAGUCGCAGCCCGGGAUUGUAAAUAAGACCGCUAAAACUGUGUUUUAUUUACAAAAGUAAUGCCGGCUGUUUUAAAUUAUCGUUCCCAGUUGUUUUAAGUCGUUUUUCGUACUUUUUGGCUCUAUCUCUCGCCUAUUUCCGUGUGGUUUUUACACUACGCGUAUAAUGGCGAGCUCGGCUAACUCGAACCCAGUGCCUAAACUUUAUAAGUCUGUGAUUGAGGAUGUGAUCAACGAGGUGCGAGAGCUGUUUCUGGAUGAGGGCGUUGAUGAGCAAGUUCUUCUGGAGCUGAAAACGCUAUGGGAAAACAAACUGUUGCAGUCCAAGGCAGUGGAGGGCUUCCACACGGAGGAGCAGGCAGCCCUGCAGGCCGCUCAGCAGCUGCAGCAGCAACAGGUUCAGCAGCAGGUUCAGCAGCAGGUCCAACAGGUCCAACAAGUCCAGCAGGUGACCCAGCCAUCACAGACCCAGCAAGUGAUCCUGCCCCCUCAGCAGCAGCAAGCUCCCCAGCAGCAAGUCAUUGUUCAGGAUUCCAAGAUUCUACAGCACAUGAGUGCAACAGGGAUGAGUGCAGCAGCUACCGCAGCAACCCUUGCGUUGCCCACAGGGGUCACCCCAUACCAACAGCUCAUCACCAGCCAAGGCCAGAUUCUGCAGGUGGUCCGUGCUCCCAAUGGGGCUCAGUACAUCAUCCAGCAGCCACAGCAGCAGAUCCUCCUGCAGCAGCAGAUGCAGCCUGGUGGCGUGCAGGCGCCGGUCAUACAGCAGGUAUGCCCCAUUAGACAGGUCCUGGCUCCUCUGCAGGGAGGCCUGCCCCAACAAACAGGGGUCAUCAUCCAGCCGCAGCAGAUUGUCUUAGCUUCAGGAAACAAAGUCCAAGGCAAUCCACAGGUGAUGCAGGCAACCACUAUGACGCAGCAGCCUGGUCAGGCAGCAACAGCUCAGCUCCAGCAGGCCCAGGGUGCAGCUGCACAACAGGGCCCCCCACAGGCCCAGCAGCAGGCCCAGAUGCUCCAGGUGGACGGUGCCGGGGACACCUCCUCGGAGGAGGACGAGGAUGAGGAGGAGGAGUACGAUGAAGAUGAGGAGGAGGAGAAGGACAAAGAUGGGGGAGAGGACGGGCAGGUGGAGGAGGAGCCGUUGAACAGUGGUGACGACGUCAGUGAUGAGGAGGACCAGGAGCUGUUUGAUACAGAGAAUGUAGUGGUGUGCCAGUAUGACAAGAUUCACAGAAGUAAGAACAAAUGGAAAUUCCACCUGAAGGACGGGAUCAUGAAUCUGAACGGGAGAGACUAUGUCUUCUCCAAAGCCAUUGGGGAUGCCGAAUGGUGAAGUAGAAGGAAAAAAACAAAACGGACAAAGCAACAGGAGCAGGAACUCUCACUCCUUCUAUCCAGUUAACAGACACUUUUAAUAUCCUUCCAUAUCCUGUGACUGGAUUCAUUUCAGGAAACUUCUUCUGAGUCUUUGAGAACUCCGAGGAACCCAAAGGACUGUGAGGUACCGUAAAAACCUGGGUGUCGUCAAAAACACUCGACUGGCCUUGUGGGAUGCGAAACCUACAAGGGUAAGGGAAAGCCUGUGAACAGAGCAGAGCGUUGAUCUUUUUUUUUUUUGCUUCUUCCAGGCUUCUCCACGUUUGUUUUUUUUCGUUUUUUUUCCUGAGAGAAUUCACGUGCAUUGGAAAGUAAGCAUUUCAUAUCGUACAGGUGUAGUGGACCAGGGUGAUCUGGCCUGUCCUGCCACAGGAGGGUCAGCGGUCAUUCCUUAUAACCCCGUAGAUGAGAAACACCUUCAUGAUGCACCGUAGUCGCUUGACUGGAUUUACUCGUGUCCACAUUGAAGUCCAAACUUAGUGCCACCAGUCAGGAUUGCUGCCUUUAGAAUGCCCAGAAUCAACAUUUGGCUUCUGAAUUUUGUUCUUUGAUCAUAGCUUGUCUCAAUUCAUGGUAACGAAAAUGGUGCUCCAGAGUGUUUUUAUGUAGUGACCAUUUAAACUUUAAUCUUUUUUUUUUAUAUAAAUGUGUUUGAUGAAGGUUCAAGACAAAAAGGUAAAAUUACAUUAAUCCCUAAAAUAACUAAUAGUUGUUAAAUGGCAUUAUUUUAAUCUUCUAAUGAGCGCUCAAUCCAAAAAUAUUUAAUUCAUUUUCCUCAUCUGCUUCUCUGGAGCUUCAUUUCAUCUUUAUCCAAACUCUUGACAACAAAAAAGGAAGAACAGAUCCAACACUGAAUUUAUUUAAGAAUUGUACAAAAUGUCUGAAAGUUUGUCAUGUUGGUGUAUCUUCUUUGCUCUUAAUUUAGUUCCAUGCAGCCGUCUGAAAAUUUGCACUGUCAGUUUUUCAAUGUGUUGUGAAAUUAGUCAGUCAAAUUUGUGUGUGUGUGUGUGUGUGUGUGUGUGUGUGUGUGUGUGUGUGUGUGUGUGUGUGUGUGUGUGUGUGUGUGUGUGUGUGUGUGUGUGUGUGUGUGUGAGAGAUUGUACAAUGACUGAGUGGGUUCACGUGUGUACAUUGAUUGAUGUGUGUUGUUACCGCUUUUCUCUGGAAAUCUAUUCGGGGGGUUUUCUUGCACAACCCACAAUCUCAAAAUGUCUCUGUAGUAAAGUAGUUUUUAAUUAGUCAUUUUUGGUGGGGACAGGGCAAUGUCCUUUUUUAAUUUAUUCCUGAAAGUUGAUGAAAUUUUUUUUUUUAAGGUUGAAAAAGCCGCACCAAACUGUGCUCUUAUAAUCUAAUAAGUGUUCCUUUUUUCCCCCUCUGUCGGUUGGACAAAGCUACACAAAGCUGGGAUCCAAAUCAUUUCGUCCACCAUAUGUUCUCCUGUGCUUUCAUUUUAUUCAUGACUUUUUAAAAGAAUAUUUUCUAUCAAAGUGAGUUUCACUCUGGGGCCUGUGUGUUUCUCUGCAGUUUGUUUUUAGUGCCCCUGUUGCAGCAAUUUGAAAUAAAGUAUGUGUUUUUUGA